GACAUUUUCGCUAAGGAACAAAGACUUAUUUUUAAUCGACAUGUCGAAAGAAUAAAAAGUUUCCCUUUUCAAAGUGGACUCGCUGACAUGUGACGUGUCGGCGUCGCUCUCUCAUUGGGUGAGACGCGGUGACGCUGCAGGCCGCAGAGACGUCCCCUCUGUUUCUGAUAAACAAGUUUUUGAUCAAAACAAUCUCUGAACUACAACAAGAAGAAGACGAGACAUCCUUCGUCGCACAACGACAUUUUUCUGUUUGAGGAGGUGAGUGGAAAAGCUCGCAAAAGAGACGUGAGAAUGAUCGGGAAGAUUCUUUCUCAUCUGCUUGGAAGCACCGGCGAGGACGAAGCAGCAGAUGAGGCYCAAGAUGUGACUGAGUUUGAGGAGGAGGGAUGGGUCAUCGUUGACCUCCCUGAGGACGGACCCCUGUCUGCCCCUGACGUGGACCCUCUUGAGAACCUGCUGAUCGAGCACCCCAGUAUGUCUGUCUACCAGAUGAGGUGCACGUUGCCUGAAGCUGAGGAAGAGGAGCUCGAUUCCGAUGACGACGAAGAGGAAACCUCCAGGCCGGUGGCGGUGAGGCGGCACAUUUCCUGGCACCUCGCAGCCUGGGGGAUCCCUCUGCCAUGCAACGUCCACCUACUGUCCGCUCAGAGGGCCAGGAGCCAGGCAGAGAGGAAGAAGCUGAGCCGCAGCGCCCUCCACAGGCAGAACCUGGCUAAGACACGGUUCUCCUCGGGAGAAAAACGCUACGGUCACCUAAAGCGCCCUUGCCAGCGCGUGUACAACUGCUAAAACUAGCGAGAGGUCAGCGCAGUCCUUUGGCACAGACGUACUCAGGUUUUCUGUCAUUAUGUCCCCUUGCUGACAUAACUGUGCCUCAAACAGAUAAGACAUGAGGUUCACAAUCUCCUAUGCAAUGAUCAAACCACAAACGUGUGCACUGCAACCAUCAUGUCUGAAACCACGGAAAACAAAUUGACCUCAAUCCUGCAAUCACCCACAAAAAAACAUGUUCUAAGCAGAAUUAUAUUUGUGAGAAACGGUUUAGUUUCCAAUAAAAAAAAAGCAUCAAUAUUGUAAAUUAUCAAAGAACGGCUGACUGGUUUGACUUGUGUGAUUUUGAACAAAAGCGAGUUUUUAAUGUGCGUAUCUUUGUGCAUUUUGAGGCAAAUCGGAUGUGUUUGACAAGUUAGUUUUAGUUUUCUUUUACAUUUUAUGGCAACGUUCCAAAAAAAAAAAAAAAA